AUGGCCACAUUCCCCUACACGCUAAUCGCAUGUCCUUGCACAUCUUUCACUUCGCCCUCAGAUACCAACGCGUCGUCUAUAGAGGAUCCUGACGACGAUACGACCUUCAAUCCGCACCACGUUCGCGCAAACUUCUCGUUAUAUCCCUACGAGCAUCUGCUUUAUUGUGAUGAUUGCCACCAAAUCAGAUGUCCCAGAUGCUGGACCGAAGAGAUCAUGAAUUGGUUCUGUCCAAGCUGUCUCUUCGAGGUUCCGAGUAGCGUAGUCAAAAGCGAUGGUAACAGAUGUGCCAGAAACUGCUAUAACUGUCCAAUGUGCACCUCCCCUCUGUCAAUCAAUGGUCUGGAGCCUUCAGCAAAGGAUCAUCUGGCUCCUGCAGACCCUAAUCAACCGGCUGGUCCGUUUUUUCUGUCUUGUCCAUAUUGCGACUGGUCAUCGUUGGACGUUGGUAUACAGUUCAGCAAAGCAAACAAAAUCACCGAUCAGCUUGUCAGAAUGCGGCGUCAGGGAAAUCGUUCACCUUCGCCAAGCAGGACCAGAUCUACCAGGACAAGUCUUGCGCCCACAGCUGAGUUGUCUUCUGCAGAACCGGACUCGACUCCUCCUUCACAGCCAUCACAAGAUAGGUUUGCAACUUUGACUCGCUUCUACAAGGACCAAAUGGCAGAUUCAUCUGGUGCUGGUGCGAGCGGAUAUUCGGAUAACAGCACAUACAAUUCACCUGGUAAUCUGGCACGGAUCAUGAGCAUUUAUGGCGGUCUGUCCCACGCCGCCCUGAAGAAAGCCCGUGAAAAGCCACGACCUAUGCGCGAGGCCUUGGAUUCAACUGAAGGUCUUGAACUAUUAUCGCAACCAGCCAACGCUGAAUCUACAGCGCUGGAAAAGCUCCGGACCGAAGGGUAUGAAGCAACGACGACCCUUUCGCAACGAGUUAGCCAUCCGUACAACCAUCGUGUCCGCUUCAACGACCAUCUGUGGCCUAUUGCUACCCUUUUAAGAACUCGUCGCAGCAAAAGAUGUCGUACCUGUCGACAUAUCAUCGCACGACCAGAGCCAAAGAUGGGUAGCACUCGCUACAAGAUUCGUUUACUGGCACAGAACAACAUCCCUCGCUUAGCUCUUCGCCUUCUCUCACCCUCGGCCUCAUCAGCUCCUGUUUCUGCUUUUGCCCUCACUCCCGCAGCAUUACAGGCCCAGCACAACACCGAGUACGAGAAGUUGAGACCAGGAUUGCCAGUACAAUUCCUGCUCACUCUGACAAACCCGCUGUUCGAUCCUGUGCGGGUCACGCUAGCUACGCCUGCUACUACGCCUGGCAACGUGGCAUCUCGAGUCACAGUCCUCUGUCCCACCUUCCCCAUAGGUGCUGCUAGCGAUAUGUGGGAUCCAGAUGCUAUCUCGAGCGGCACAGCAAAGGAUCAAUCUUCCGAAGAUAGGCAGCCUGAAGCGGGAAAGGUGUGGGAAAGGGGUCGCAAUUGGACAACGGUGGUCGUAGAGGUUGUACCCGGCAGACUGGACAAAAAGGCAGGAAGCACGACAGAAAAGACCAACAGCGAUGAGAGCAAUGGAUCUGACGAUGAAGUGCUCGAGAUACCGGUAUUUGUACGUGUGGAGUGGGAGGCAGAAGUCACGGCUGAAGACGCUGCUGCAACAGGGGCAGCGAAGGGCACCAAAGAGAGUAGAGAAAUUGCUUUCUGGAGCGUUCUGGGGGCAGGCAAGAUUGCUGAACCAUAA